AAAAAGGUCGUAAGGCCUCAAGAGAGGAGGGGAGGUGGCCGGCAGUGGGGGCCUUGUUGGCCUCCACCCAUCGGAAUCAAAAACCCUCAACUUAGGAGGUUUUUUUAAUCCAACCAAUGGGCGACUCAACGCCAGCCUCCACCCCUCCAACGGGGGUCACUGGCUACCUGCGACCCCAAUUGGAGGGGGGUUGUGUGGUUUGUUAGGGGCUGGCGUCGAGGCCUCCACCUGUCAGAAUCGAAAAACUCCGGUGAUAUCACGGCCGAUCAGGGACCAGAUAGAAAAUAUCCUCAGUAGAAAUUAGAAGUGAACGGCUACGCAGAGUAACCAAACAAGCCAUUCCCUUCUCAGUUCUUGCUCACUCGCACUCUCUCUCCCCGCACACGGCAGCGUCCGUCUGUUUGGCGCGCGCUCGCUCUCUCUCUCUCUCUCCCCCUCCCUCUUCCUCCCAUCGCUCGCGCGUUGGCUUUCUCCAUCGGUGCAUUCCUUUCAACCUCAUCCUCAGAACCGAGCUCUCCCGUCGUCCAUCUCCUUUCCUGUCACUUCUAAAAAUUUGGGUCAGGUGAGACACAGGUCUGUGUCUGAAAACUGCUGCAUAAAUGCUGUAGGGAUAGCAUGAACAACGGUGAUGGAAAGCGUCUGAAUGGGGAAGCCGAGGAAGAGGAUGAAGACGAUUUGGACGGGGAAGGCCGUGAGGCUUGGGAGCGAACCUAUACUGAUGAGAGAUCGUGGGAAUCUCUUCAAGAGGAUGAGUCUGGGUUACUCUGCCCAGUUGAUGACAAGAUCCUCCACCAUGCACAGUAUCGCAGAAGACUUCGCUCUCUGUCUUCCACUACAACUGCUUCUCGAAUCCAAAAGGGUCUCAUUCGGUAUCUUUACAUCGUUAUUGAUCUUUCCAAGGCUGCAGCAGAGAUGGACUUCAAACCAAGUCGAAUGGCUGUAGUUGCAAAACAUGUCGAGGCCUUUGUCAGGGAGUUCUUUGAUCAGAAUCCUCUCAGUCAAAUCAGUCUAGUAACCAUUAAAGAUGGAGUUGCUCAUUGUUUGACAGAUCUUGGUGGAAGUCCUGAAUCCCAUGUAAAAGCCUUGAUGGGUAAGUUGGAGUCCUCUGGUGAUUCCUCAUUGCAGAAUGCCUUAGACCUUGUUCAUGGCUAUCUUACUCAAAUUCCAUCAUAUGGUCACCGGGAAGUAUUAAUUUUAUACUCGGCUCUUAGUACCUGCGAUCCUGGAGACAUAAUGCACACCAUCCAGAAAUGCAAGAACGCAAAAAUAAGGUGUUCUGUCAUCGGUCUGUCUGCUGAAAUUUUUAUAUGCAAACACAUCUGCCAAGAAACUGGAGGCCUGUACUCUAUUGCAUUGGAUGAGUCCCACUUCAAAGAGUUAAUAUUGGAGCAUGCACCCCCUCCGCCAGCUAUAGCUGAAUUUGCAAUUGCUAGUUUAAUCAAGAUGGGCUUCCCUCAAAGAGCAGCAGAAAAUGUUAUCUCAAUAUGCGUAUGCCAUAAAGAGGCCAAGGGUGGAGGAUACACUUGUCCAAGAUGCAAGGCGAGAGUGUGUGAGCUCCCUGCUGAAUGUCGUAUUUGUGGACUUACCCUUGUUUCUUCUCCCCAUUUGGCAAGAUCAUACCAUCACUUAUUUCCAAUCAUGCCAUUUGAAGAUGUGGCUCCCACACAACACAAACUACCCAAGACUUGUUUUGGUUGCCAGCAGAGUCUUCUGAGUUCAGGAAGUAGAACUACCCUCUCUGUUACCUGCCCUAAAUGCCGACGAUGCUUCUGCUUUGAUUGCGAUAUUUAUAUUCAUGAAAGCCUGCAUAACUGCCCAGGCUGUGAGAGCUUAAGGCAUUCUAAAUCUGUCAACACUGCCGAAGCGUGAUGGCUCAUGUUGGAUAUAGAAAUGUUCCAAAGUGCAGAAAGGAAGGCCGCCCUCUUAACUGCUUUUUUGAGCAUCUUAGGUUUCAUUCACAAUAUGAGCUCAAGCAUCAGGGAAGUCGAAUGGCCGAAUUUCAGCCAUUGAAGAGAAUGUGCAAGAUUGUGGUGGUUCGGAUAUUGAUAUUCUCCUUUUCCUGGUGGUGAUGGAAAUCAAAAGCUUUUGACAGCUUGUGUCUGUUUUGCUAGACUCGUUAUUGGGUCUCUCAUUCUCGAUAAAUCAUGUAUUUUUUAUUAUGUUGGAAGUGAUUCCCCACCUGACUGCUGAUUAGAGCCGUGGCAUUAGUUGCAUUUUCCUUUUUAGAUCAGUUA